CAAGCCGGAGGAGGAGCCCCGAGGGCGAGUUUAUGGCGGUUCUUUUGACUCCGCGGUUCCGUACCCUCGAAAGCCAGAGCGAGCUUCCGGGCCCAGGGCGGAGCGGGCCGAGUUUCGUGAGCUCUAGAGGUGUCUUCUGCCGGAAAAGGAGGACAGGAUACUCUGGUCCUUUUCAAGCUACUCAGCUAUGGGAUGGUAUUAUUCACUCCCUUCAGACUCAAGUGGAAAUAAAAAGAUGGAGGCGUCAUUUACGAACAUACAAAGACUGUUUUACUGGUUCUGAUGCUGUUGAUGUAGUAUUAAGUCAUCUUAUGCAAAAUAUGUACCUAAAUAGUAAUGAUAUCUCUCGUCUUAAAGGAGUUCAGUUUUGCCAGGUUCUAAUGAACCAUAAAAUAUUUGAACCUGUAGGAAUGAAGCUAUUCAAAAAUGAAAAGGAAUUGGAAUUUGAGGAUUCAAAUAAUAGUCUCUACAGGUUUCUAGGCAAUAAGUCAUCUAAUGUUUUUUGCAAAAGGAAAAAGGAUUCUGAGACUGAAUUUCACGCAUUAUUUCUUAUCAGACCAGAAGAUGAAAUGAUUUCAAAUCCUCUAGCAUUGGAGAUUGGUGAGGAAAGAAUUGAGGAAUUUACUGAUACAAUGAAUGGGAAUCUGGCUUUACCUCCAAACAACACAGCUGGCAAACCUGUUCUCCCACUUUCAAAAGAAGCUGUGGAAGAUGUUUGGAUACAACAAACAUUGUCACGUAUUCUUCAACUGAUUCACCUUCCAUUCUUGGAAAAUAUUUUGGAAACUCCAGCUAAAACACAAAAUCUUCAAUUAAGUAAAAAGGAAGAUCUUGUUAUCUCAAAUACUUGCCUGGACAGAGAGGUUAUUCCAAGCUUAUGUCUACCUGAGGUUGAUAACUGGCUUAACGCAGCAAUUGAAUGCUUGGAAUAUUUUCCUGACCAGUUCAUAGUAGUUAGUCAGCAGUUAGUACAAAACAGAAAUGAAGAAGCAAGAUUGAAUAUACAGAAGAAGUUACUUUUUGAUGUCAUAGUAAAAUACUAUAAUCAAGAAAGAGAUUGCUUAUUAACUGAUGAGUAUUUUGAUAUUCAUUCAGGAAUUAUUGAACUUUUAGAAAAUGAGAAAAGAACAGAAGCAGUUGAAGCAACACAACUAUACCUAAGAUUGUUACUGCCCAACAUUAGAGAAGAAUUACGACGGCUACUUACUUUUAUGGUGAUUGCAUCAGAACCUAAUGCCUACAAGUUACAAAAACAGUAUGAUAACAAAACGGUGGUCCUGAAAACUCUUGCCAAAGCAGUUUUGCAAUCCAAAUCAUUAAAAGUACAGGCAGCACUAGUCUGGUUUCUACUGGAGUUCCACUCUGAGCUCUUCAAGACACCAGUUACUUUAUUGGAUCUGGUUAGUAAGAAACUUAAGAAGCUUCUAUGUGGAGAAGAUCCAGAUGCUAUAUCAGAUGGAUUUGGAAGUACUUUUAUUAUGCACUUCCUUGUGUGCUAACAAGAUUUUUGAACAUAAAAACCAAAAAAUUGCUACUGCAGUUCCGACUCUGUCACUUAACAACUCUGUGACCAGUGAUACUAUUAGGCAACUCUUCAUUUACAGGUAUAAUAAUUCAACAUUUCAUCUAUGCCAGCAUUGUACUUCUGGCUGGUGCCAGCCAUAUCCUGUAUAACCACCUAUAAACCAGGUUUGAAUUUUUUUCUCUUUGGUCUUAAGAGAACCUCCACGAGGUCAGAUGUCAGUUGACGGAAGGGUAAACAGUGCAGUAAGAGUAAAUGCUCUGUGAGCUCAUGUAAUUAACUUGACCAUCUGGCAUCCAAUCUUGUAUAGACCACUUCCUCUUGACAUGGCACGCCACUGGGCAAGACUAACCUGCACUGGGAAAGGAAGUGAUCCCAGAGAGCAGAACUGAGAGCAGCAUUUCUAGUUGUUCAAUUUGCAUAAAGAUAUGAUUGGAGAUGACAGCUAAUGGUUUGACUAGAGGAUCAGAGACUUGAAAACCACAGGAUAAGAAACCUGGGAACUAGAAGCUUUAGGAAAGAAGUAUGUGGAUGGACAUCUCAGAAUAGGCCCCAAGUGGGAGGAUAUUUGUGUGCCAGGUGAAGGCUUUUCAAAAGGCCUCUUCUGUAGGAAGGCUCUUGUAUCACUAGCCAACAUAGCUUAUACACUGGAUGUUGUUUAGCCUCCUUCGCUGCCAUCCCAGUGCUUGCUCACUUACACUACAUUCCGGGAAAAUUCCCCUAGCUUAGUUUUUCAGUCUUUAGUAGUGUCUUUUCUGCAGUUCAACUCAUCAAGUAAGCAUGAGAAAUCCUAUUUUUAAUUUCUAGUAUCUGUCUUUGUUAUAGCAACCUGUUCUUGUUGCAAUAGAUGCAACUGCCUUACCAAUCUCUUAAGAGAGUAUUACUUACAAGGUUUCUUUUAUUUUAUUCCUUAAGGGUUCGUUCUUGAUUGUUGUUUGGUGCCACUUUUAGGGUGUUAAGUAUCCUUCAAAUGUUUAAUGCUUGGUUAUCUGUUCAUUUUUUUCCCACUUAUGAAUUCCUGUUGACCUGUCUGUGAAUCUGAGUUCAAUUAUGGUGACUUUCCUGGCAGGAGAAAGGUGUGCUAAGUUCCCUGGAGCCCUGCCCUGUCAGAAUUCUAGUAAGUCCGAACUCUUGUCUUUAGCCAGAGAUCAGAGCUACAAUCAAGUGUUUCCUUAAAAAAAUUAUUUUUUUUUUACUGAUGCUCUUAGCAGAUAUGACAUUAUUUCAGGUUCUAUUCUGUUUCUCUCCAACCCUUAUACUUCAACUCUCUUACCGCUGAACAUCAAUUUUAAGAAAGGGAGUAGGGCUCAGCUGAUUCCAGUUCAUUCUUUUAAUGGCUUAUCCAUGAUUUCCUUCUCUAUUUGUCCUGAAUUAAAAUGCCUCUGGAAUCGUUCUUAUGUCUUUACUAGUUUUCUCCUGCCCUGACCUGGGCAUAGGUUUUCUUGUUUCUCUAACAAUCUAAUCCCAUUUGUUUUCCAUCUUUUAGAAAUUCCUCCACAUUUAUCAGUGGCAUCUUUCUUUGUUUCCUAGAGCCCACUUAAAGAUUUACUCUUCUAUCAAAUUGUAAUACGAAAAUAUGAACAAUGUCAUGAACACAAUAGAGAUUCUAAUAUAAUGAAUACCCAUGUGCCCACCAACCCAGCUUGAGAAAUAAUGUAUCACAAAUGGCAUUGAAUUAAGUGUUCCCUGUGCAUUCCUCCAUGUUUAAAGGGAUUUGGGACAGGUAGAGAAGUAGGUGAACAUGGUUGGUUUACUAUGUCCACUGACCACUGAAUUAAAAAAUGCAAAACGCAGAUAGAAAAGUGUUUGAGAGGGUAUCCUAUCUUAAUUAGUCCUUGAUGUAGAUCCUAAUCCUGUAUUGUCUUAAGGUAUAUGUUAUGCAUGGCCAAUGCUGGAACAUUGUUUCCAUGCAUGCAGUUUGCAAUAAAAAAAAAUCAUAAACUCUAA